AUGGUCCAACAACAACACAUCCCGGCCAACUCACUCAACAACCUGGGGGCAGCCUGGUUAAUCCUUGAUGAGAACAGAAAAGCAGUCAGCUACUUUGAACAGUCAAUGGAGAUGCGCAAGUGUAUCUAUGGUCAAGGUAAAGCACAUCCUGACAUUGCAACCUCACUCAACAACCUGGGGUCUUCAUUGCAAAAAAUGGGUGACUGUAGAAAAGCAAUCAGCUUCCAUGAACAGGCACUGCAGAUGUACAAGAGUAUCCAUGGCCAGGAUACAGCACACCCUGACAUUGCAUGCUCACUUAACAACCUGGGGGUGGCAUGGCAGAAUCUGGGUCAAUUAGGAAAAGCACUUGGCUACCAAGAACAGGCACUGCAGAUGUACAGGAGUAUCUAUGGUCAGAGUACUAAACAACUUGACAUUGCGAGCUCACUUAACAACCUGGGGAACGUCUGGUAUGAACUCUGUAAUUACAGUAAAGCAGUCGGCUACCUUGAACAGGCACUGCAGAUGCGCAAGAGUAUCUUAGGUCAGCAUACAGCGCAUAUUGACAUUGCAACUUCACUCAACAACCUGGGGGCAGUCUGGCACAAGCUGGAUGAAUACAGGAAAGAAAUCAGCUACUAUAAACAGGCACUGCAGAUGUACAGGACUAUCUAUGGUCAGACUGCAGCACAUCCCAGCAUUGCCACCUCACUCAACAACCUGGGUGGAGCCUGGGACAAGCUAGGUGAACACAGAAAAGCAGUUGACUACUAUGAACAGGCACUGCAGAUUUACAGCAGUAUGUAUGACCAGUCUACACCACAUUCUAACUUUGCCAAGUCACUCAACAACCUGGGGACCGCAUGGUAUCCAGACAUGGGACAAACACUGGAACAUCGUAUCGGCUACAUGGAGAAACUUUGCAGACAACUGCUGCAGGGGUACGCUCCGCAGAAACAGUCAAAACACAACUGGGGUACUGCUGACAGUAAUGUCUUAAGGGUGGCCAAGAUUUGUGACAAACUGGAUAGGAGUGGCACUAACACCUUAGAACAGAAUUUCACAAAAACAUUAGUGACCGCAAUCAAUAACAGCGACAUGUUGUUGGAGCUUGAGGUUCUCAAAUCUCUUGGUGAUUUCUACCUUGAGAAAGGCAAGAAAACCUAUGAUGUAUCCCAGUUCUCCAAGGCAGCUGCCAUGUACAACAAGGUUCUGAAAAGAUGUGGGGAUCCUGGGGAAAAAGUGACUCUGGAACAUCGCAUCAGAUACAUGGAGAAGAUCAGAGAUGCAGUGCAAAUGGCAAGCAAGACUCCACUGGGCAGGCAGGGCACUAAGAACAAGCCACCCAGUGAACUCAUCUGCACCCCAGAAAAUAUGGCUUCAAAGCUACAAAAGGAUGUCACACUAUACCUGAAGGAAGGAUAUCAUCUGGCCACUAUCUUGAGAAACCCAUGCCUGAUAGCAGGGGACCAGGAUUUGUUUGACAAAUACAUGGCCAUCACAGGGGAGAUACUGCAAGCUGAUGAGGGUAAAAUAGCUCAACAACUGGUACAGGAGACACUGAAGGAGGACAUGAUGAGCAUCAGACAAAAAACAUUUCUUACUUCAUCUUCGGAAUUCUAUGAGAAUUCUCUAAGCACACGUGGAAUGAUGUACUCUGAGCUAUGCAGAUACAGCCUGGCUAUCAGCUACUAUAAUGAGGCCUUAGAGAAAGAUGAACAUGCAGAAAAAAUGUACUUGUUCAACAGACUUGGAGAAGCUUGGCACAGGAUGGGAGAUUGGCAUAAAGCAAUCGACUACUAUGAACAGAGUUUUCAGAAGUCCAGAAGUAUCUUUGGUCAGGAUACAGCACAUCCUGACAUUGCCAUAGCACUCAACAACCUGGGGACAGCCUGUGAUAACCUGGGUGAUUACAGGAAAGCCAUUAACUACUUUGAACAGGCACUGCAGAUGCUUAGGAGUAUCUAUGGUCAGCAUAAAUCCCAUCCUGACAUUGCUAACUCACUCAACAACCUGGGCUCUGCCUGGUACUUCCUUGGUGAUCACAGAAAAGCAAUCAGCUACUACAAACAGGUAUUGCAGAUGCGCAGGAAUAUCUAUGGUUUUGAUACUGCACAUUCAGACAUUGCCACCUCACUCAACAACUUGGGAGGAGCCUAUGAGAAGCAGGGUGAUUACAGGAAAGCAAUCAACUACCAUGAACAGGCACUGAAGAUGGAGAGAAGUACUUAUGGUCACAGUACAGCACAUCCAUACAUUGCUACUGCAUUCAACAACCUGGGGUCAGUCUGUGGGAAUCUGGGUGAAUACAGGAAAGCUAUCAGAUACCAUGAACAGGCACUGCAUAUAAGCAGAAGCAUCUUUGGUCAGAGUUUGGCACAUCCUGGCAUUGCCACCUCACUUAACAACCUAGGGUCAGCCUGUAAGAAUUUGGGUGAUUACAGGAGAGCAAUUAACUACUAUGAACAGGCACUGGAGAUGAACAAGACUAUCUACGGUCAAAGUACAGUGCAUCAUGACACUGCCACCUCACUCAACAACCUGGGGGCUACCUGGGAUAACCUGGGGGAUUACAGGAGAGCAAUCAGCUUCUAUGGACAGGCACUGGAGAUGUUCAGGGACAUCUAUGGUCAGAGUACAGCACAUGCCGACAUUGCCACCUUACUCAUCAACCUGGGUUCAGCCUGUGGUAAAAUGGGUGAUUACAGAAAAGCAAUCAGAUACCACGAAAAGGCACUGCAGAUGUUCAGUAGUAUCUAUGGUCAGAAUAAAUCCCAUCGUCACAUCGCCAUCUCACUAAUCAACCUGGGGGAAGCCUGGGAUAGCCUGGGUGAUUACAGGAAAGCCAUCAGCUACUAUGAACAGGCAGAAAAGAUGCAAAAGAGUAUCUAUGGCAGUGAAGAUGUACAGGAGUAUCCAUGGCCAGAGUACAGCACAUCCAGACAUUGCAAACUCUCUUAA